ACGACCAACAGGCAACAUACAACUCUAACAUGGGUGUUCUAAAGACGUAUGUAGUGUUGGUUCUGGUUUACACAUGCAGCGGGCAGUAUACCUACCCCGUGGACGACACACCUGGAUAUGGCCGGGUAUUUGACGGUAUUGGUGCCAUCAGCGGCGGAGGGGCUACGUCAAAAUUGUUGGUCAGCUACCCACAACAGCAGAGAGACGAAGUUUUGGAUUUCUUGUUUAAGCCCAACUUUGGCGCAUCCCUUCAUAUCUUUAAAGUCGAGAUUGGUGGCGAUGCCCAAAGCUCAGAGGGAUCGGAGGCCACUCACAUGAGGACCCCCGAUGAACAGAACUACAACAGGGGUUAUGAAUGGUGGAUGCUGAAAGAAGCCAAGAAACGUAACCCUGACAUCAAGCUGUACGGGCUGUCGUGGGGGUUCCCCGGCUGGCUUGAAGGACCUGUUGGUAGCGUGUAUGCUCAGCCAGAACGUACAGCGCAGUAUGUGGCCAACUGGGUCAUUGGUGCCAAGAAGAUCCACAACUUGACAAUAGAUUACAUUGGGUGUUGGAAUGAACAUCUAUACAACACAACGUACAUAAAGGUGUUGAGGAAAGUCCUUGACAACAAUGGCCUCCAAGACACGCUCAUCGUAGCUGCUGACUACUUCAAAUGGGACGACUUCGCAACUGAUAUUUUGAAUGACCCUGAACUUGCCAAUGCUAUCUAUGCCAUGGGGGUACACUAUCCUGCUACUAACAGUUCCCCCCUGGCACAGAAAAUGGGGAAACCUCUGUGGUCUUCGGAGGAUCAUUCAGAUAGUGGCAAUGCUAAAUGGAAUCGUAACUAUGUUAAUGGAUACAUGACAAGCACCAUCGUGUGGUCAACCCUGUGUGGUUUCUACACCAUGUUACCGUUCUACCCCGCCGGUCUCAUGAGGGCCAAUGAACCCUGGAGUGGACAUUAUGACGUCUUCGAUUAUAUAUGGUUUGCAGCUCAUACUGGCCAGUUUACCAAGCCCGGGUGGAUCUACUUGAAGCACGGGUACGGGGUGGGGAACCUGGUUAAAGGGGCACCUACGUCACUAUGGUCAGUCCGGACAAGAAGGACCUUACAAUCAUCGUUGAAAAAUUGAAUCAAGAUACGUACUCUCUGAAUGCAGAAAUGGAAACCGUCACAUUUCAUAUCAAAGGGACAUUUGCAAACAUUGCACAGCUCAACUCCUGGAAAACAUCUGUAUUCUCUGAUCCUGCCAAAAACCAGAACUUUCUGAAAC